GCCUUUCACCUCCGUCUCUCCUCCCUGUGUUCUGCUCCUAUGGUGGCUGCCGAGGCGCCUUUUUCACUUUCUGUGCGUCUCUUUACAUCACAUUGACACACUUUACACGGGAAACAACAACCGCUGCAACGGGUUGCCAUUUCCCAAAUGACCGGUUCAGAAGGAGGACCGAGUCGGUGUGUCCUCGCGCCUCUUCGGCAUGAGCCAUGUUGUGGGGCUGCUCGUGCUAACGCAGAGCUGCCGCUUGUGUAACACGCGUCUGGGACGCGCUCGGGCUUCAGGUGACGUUAAACCGGAUCGAUAUUUCAAAUCGACGCUUGAUGCACGCGCUGUUCCGGUGUGUGGCUGCGCGUGGACGUAGCUUGAGCACGCGGCUACCGGGCCCUCGAGUGAGAGGAGGCGGCCGGUACGUUAGCUAGCGUGACGAGAGGCUCCUGGGUAACUUCUCCCAGAAGGCCUGUGCGCCCAGGUAAAAGUUACUGAGGUGAGACCUUACUUCCUUCCCUUCAGCGCCAACGAGACGUGUUCACUUCCAUAAGUGAGGUGAGACCUUACUUACUUCCCUUAAACUCCAGCAGGACUUGUUCCCUUCCCUGAAGUGAGGUGAGGCUCCUCGAAGAUACGCGUUUGUUUUAACUCUUAUGAUGCUGAUUUACCUUUUUUAAUGGUCAUUCUGGAGGCUGCAGUUAUUGGCGCUGUCGUUCUUUCUGAUAUUUGUAUCAGUUGGUCUGGACCAAAUAUUAAAACACAGCUUAGUUCAAUAGCACUAUAAACUACACGUUCCCAAAGUACCAACCAAGCCUCACACAGAUGUAAUGUCUUCAUCGGACAUAAAGUAUUAUAUUCUGUAACCGUUUUCUGCUCAACAGCUUUUGUAUCUGCACAAUGGAUGACUUUGUCUAGCUACUUUGAGCUUUGUUCACUCGGCAGGUCAACAAACAAGCCAGGGCUUAAGUUUAAGGGCCCGGUCUAAAUUGGGUCUUACAAUAGAGAGAAGUGUUUCCUUGGUGCUAAGCCAGCGAGCCCUUCCUCCUGCAUCUUAAUAAGCUGCUCACCAAACCAGGGGCCCAGGAACCCCAACCCGGCCAGCCCAGGAUCCUAGCCCAAAUAUACCCCUCCACAAGCCACCUAUUAUACGACUAAUGGGUCGGCUUUGAACAACACCUGCUGUGACCACUGCUGUCUGCAGCUCGUGACGAGAGGAAGCAGCAAAGCUGCUGCUUGGGUUGCAGGAGCAGUGGAUUAGAGGUUCUGAGGUGGAUUUCUCCCUCCCAUAAAGGCUUUGAGGAGGAGGAGGAGGGGGGGAGAAGAGGAGGAGGUGGAAGAGAUAAUUGCUAUAACCGCCCAGAGCAUGGGGCAAAAAGUCCCAGGUGGCAUUAAAACCAUUGAUAUGCGGGAUCCAGCAUUCAGCCCCCUGAAGCUGGAGCUACAGGCCCUGAGUCACACCAAGCCGUCCCGACUAGAUCUGCUGCUGGACAUGCCACCGGCCAGCGCAGACGUCCAGGUCCAGCACUCGUGGAACAACGACGACCGCUCGCUGAACAUCUUCGUCAAGGACGACAACAAGCUGGUGUUUCACAGGCAUCCCGUAGCGCAGAGCACCGACUCCAUCAGGGGGCGGGUCGGCUAUACGAGGGGACUGCACGUGUGGGAGAUCAGCUGGGCCAUGCGCCAGAGGGGCACGCACGCCGUGGUUGGCGUGGCUUCGAGUGACGCCCCGCUACACUCGGUGGGCUACACCGCGUUGGUGGGAAGCAACGCCGAGUCCUGGGGCUGGGACCUGUGCCGGAGUAAGCUCUACCACGACGGCAAGAAUCUCCCAGGAAAAACCUACCCGGCCUUUCUCGAGCCCGACGACACCUUCAUAAUACCAGACUCCCUUUUAAUAGUGUUGGACAUGGAUGAGGGGAAUCUGGGUUACAUCGUGGAUGGACAUUAUCUCGGGGUGGCGUUCAGAGGACUUAAGGGCAGGAAGCUGUACCCUGUGGUGAGCGCCGUGUGGGGACACUGUGAAAUAAGAAUCCGCUACAUAAAUGGACUUGAUCCUGAACCCCUUUCUCUGAUGGACCUGUGUAGACGCUCGGUGAGGGUGGCAUUAGGAAGAGAACGUCUGGGUGAGAUCCAUAGACUCCCCCUGCCGGCGUCUCUCAAGAACUACCUGCUCUACCAAUGAUGCCGACGCCGGUAACGACACACUUGGCACACCCUCGUCUCUUUCUCGCGUUUCUCUGGGAUUCCUCUUGGGUUGAACCCUUUUGACAACAUUGCUCAAGCCUCCUGGACUGACUCAGCCUUUAGCAAGUAUGCUUCUGUGACGGUUGGCGGACACCUUUUUUGAGUUUCUUAUCCUGUUUUUAUGACUCUUUGCUAAUGUAUUCUCAAACUUUAUAAAAUCAGGAAUCACUGAGCGCUAUGCACAUGCUGAUCCAGUCGAUGCCCUGACGGUCACCAUGUUGGUGUACCUCCUCCAGUUGGUAGGUUAAUGUGGCAUUUGUGGUCGGUAUCUCUGCUGUGACUUCGUUAUUAGGAAUUUCUAUCUAGUCGCCUUUUUUAAAUUGAUUGUGCCAAAACUAAAUUGUGUGAUGGAAAUUUAAUGAAGUUGGUGCACAAAGCACGGCUUUUCACCACAAGAUGGCAGCACACAUUUCUGUACAGACGCAAAUAAUAUUAUAGUUUUUAGAAAUCAUGGUUUUUAAAUGAAUACUUGUGGUGAACACAACACAUAAGGGAUGCUGACCACACCCCGUGGUGAGUCUGGAGUACAGUGUGGAUGAAUGCACUGAGGCAGCUGUAGAGCAGCUCGAACCUCUCGCUGUACUCCGGUGCCCCUGCGAUGUGGACGUGUGCCCCAUUGCUCACCAUCAAGGCAUCCGACAGGAAAGUCCACAGCAAAAUUGUAACGUAUGGUUAAUGUCACUGUGAUUAUUUGUAGCAUGCAUCUGCAGGAAAUCUUUCUCACUACAAUCACGUCUUUUUAAAACAAAUAUUUUCUGUCACUCCUGCUUUUUGUAGUGCAGUAGUUUUCAACCGCAUGCGGUCGGGCCCAAGAGUGCUGUGUUUGUUUGUUUUCUCGUGUUUUAACUUUUUUUAUUUUUUUUAUUCAACCAGUCAUUAGCUGAUUUCACUGGUUUGCACAUAUUUAGCCAGAGAAUGGAAACUAACUGAUGAAAUAUCCAGAGAAGUGGUUCUUUGUGAUGACAACCUGCUACUCUUGGGUCUCACCGGCACAUAGUUGAGAACUAUGGAUGUAGUGUUUGUUUUAUGACACGUAAAGGACGAAAACUAUAAAGGUGGAUGGCGUUGUUUCUAAAUCCACAAACUUCAUAACCGAAAAAGACAAUCUACCAAGUGCUGCACAAAUGUAAUACAAGAUCAUAUUGCCAUAUCAUAGACCUGUUGACUAGUAUUUUUAAAUGUGCAGAUGUCGUCCAUAUUCAGCGCUCAGCUGGAUGUGGACACACUGCCCGACACAAUUGUCCUUGAUUGCAGCUUCCAUUUUAUUUGUAUUCCUUGUUGUAGAUUUGUUUGUAUGUAUCUAUUAAAGUUUAUUUCAAAGUAUA